AUGGGGGCACUACGUUCCUUUGUUAUUUUCGGGAGUCUUGCGUCUUCGGCUCUUUCGACGGCAGUUCCGCCUCUACAGCCCCGAGCGGUGGCAGGCCAAGGUUGGUCACUGCAGUCGGCAUCAUGUCCUGCCAAUACCAAAUCUUGUGGUAACGGGUCUUGCUGCCCUUCGACGUCAAACUGCCAAUCUACCGGCAAUGGUGAAGUGGAAGCCUGCUGUCCCUCUACAAGUAAUUGCCGAGGCAGUGUUGAAGGCGCUCCAAGUUGCGCAAACGCUGCUUGGUCGUUGUGGACGGGAAGUUUUGGGAAUGGAUUCUGCUGCGAGGUCGGCUUGACUGGAGCCUUUGUUAAUGGAGGGUCAGUUGCUGGCAUUUGCGUAACUUCUGUUCCCUCUGGAUACUCUACAGCUUCGCUGGUUACCAAAGGAACGGGGGCACCGGUUACUUCCACCCCUCCAACGUCUUCAACUUCAUCGUCUGCGCACUCGACGACAAAAGCAAGUUCUACAAAGUCGAGUGGUUCUGGACCAACAUCAACUACAGUUCCGAGAGCGGUAUUUGCCCACUACAUGGUCGGAUCUAUGAACGCAACAGACGCUGUGCAGGAUGUCACAGAUGCAAAGGCAGUAGGCUUCGAUGCUUUUGCGCUCAACACCCAUGACAUUACGGACCCCUGGGCUCUAGAAGCACUAGGAUACCUAUUUGACGCGGCUGACCAAAAUGGCUUUAAGCUAUUCAUGUCAUUUGACAUGAGUUGGCGAACCACCAUUGCUCCAUCUCAGAUCCCAUCAUUCUUGCUCAACUAUAUUUCCCGCCCUUCGUACUACACCGUCUCCGGCAGGCCUCUCGUUAGCACUUAUGAUGGUGGCUUCAUCACAAACUCAGACUGGCUCUCAGGCUUUAAGCAGCCACUACAGGCCCAAGGCAUUAACCCCUACUUUAUUCCCAACUUUGGCGACUGGAGUGGCUGGCCAAAUAACUUCUUCUCAACUUAUACUGUCGCUGAUGGUGUCUUCAGCUGGGAGUCUGCGUGGCCUGCCACAAACACCGGCAAAUCCAACGUGUCCGAUAGUGUUGAUCAGAACCUACUUCAGCAAGCAAGGGCCGCUGGCAAAGUCUAUCUGAUGCCUUUAUCAAGUUUCCAGUUUAAAUAUCAAGGCUCGGGCCAAGACUGGUAUCGCAUUGGAGAAGUCAACUUGCCACAGCGAUUCCAACAAAUAUUGGAUUUGCAGCCAGACUUGGUAGAGCUAAUUACCUGGAACGACGCAGGAGAAGGGCAUUAUAUAGGCAAUUUCUUCCAACAACAAAUCGACGGCACGAAUAUUGGAGACUACGCCAAUGGAUUCGAUCAUACAGGCUGGCAACAGCUAGUGUCGCCCUUCAUAAAGGCAUACAAAGGCGGCACAGCUACCAGUGGCAGUCAGAUUCUGCCUCCCGGAUCGGCUCCUGUGGGUUCAUUAUGGUAUCGUACCCUGUUGACCAGUGCCAGUUGUUCAUCCACGAUCGACAACUCCGAACAGGCACAAGACACGGUUAACUUUGCUGUGCUGCUGCCCUCAAGUGGCUACACGAUCAAAGUGUACAGUAAUAACGGGCUGAUUGGCAAUUUUACUGGCACUGCUGGACUCAAUUAUCGCGCUGUACCUGGGCUGAGCGUUGGCGGCGGGCAGUUUAUCCAAAUUGUGAAUAGCGCCGGCUCUGUGGUUGCAUCGGCCACGGGCACGAAGCAAGUAACGGCCCAGAGUUCCAACGCGACCUGCAACUGGAACUACGAGGUUGUUGGCCUCUCAUAG